CGAAACCAAGCAACAAUUGAGUGAUCGAUCCAUCACCUCUCUCUCUCUUUCAGCAAAUCUAUCCGCGACAACUAAGCAUUCGAUUCUCCGACAACAACAAGCAGGGUAAUGGCGUCUGCGGACGUGCACAUGGCUGGCGGUGCGGAGACGGAGACCUUCGCAUUCCAGGCCGAGAUCAACCAGCUGCUCUCCCUCAUCAUCAACACCUUCUACUCGAACAAGGAGAUCUUCCUCAGAGAGCUCAUCUCCAACGCAUCGGAUGCGCUUGACAAGAUCCGCUUCGAGAGCCUGACGGACAAGUCGAAGCUGGACGCGCAGCCGGAGCUCUUCAUCCGGCUCGUCCCGGACAAGGCCAGCAAGACGCUGUCCAUCAUCGACUCCGGCGUGGGCAUGACCAAGUCCGACCUGGUCAACAACCUCGGCACCAUCGCGCGGUCGGGCACCAAGGAGUUCAUGGAGGCGCUUGCCGCGGGCGCCACCGACGUGUCGAUGAUCGGCCAGUUCGGCGUCGGCUUCUACUCCGCCUACCUCGUCGCGGACAGGGUCAUGGUCACCACCAAGCACAACGACGACGAGCAGUACGUGUGGGAGUCCCAGGCCGGCGGGUCCUUCACCGUCACGCAUGACACCACGGGGGAGCGACUCGGCCGGGGCACCAAGAUCACGCUCUUCCUCAAGGACGACCAGCUCGAGUACCUGGAGGAGCGCCGCCUCAAGGACCUCGUCAAGAAGCACUCGGAGUUCAUCAGCUACCCCAUCUACCUGUGGACGGAGAAGACCACCGAGAAGGAGAUCAGUGACGACGAGGAGGAGGACAACAAGAAGGAGGAGGAGGGCGACGUCGAGGAGGUGGACGACGAGGACAAGGACGCCAAGGAUAAGAGCAAAAAGAAGAAGAAGGUGAAGGAGGUGAGCCACGAGUGGGUGCAGAUCAACAAGCAGAAGCCCAUCUGGCUCCGCAAGCCCGAGGAGAUCACGCGCGAGGAGUACGCCUCCUUCUACAAGUCUCUGACCAACGACUGGGAGGACCACCUCGCCGUGAAGCACUUCUCGGUGGAGGGGCAGCUGGAGUUCAAGGCCAUCCUGUUCGUGCCCCGCCGCGCGCCCUUCGACCUGUUCGACACGCGCAAGAAGCUCAACAACAUCAAGCUCUACGUCCGCCGCGUCUUCAUCAUGGACAACUGCGAGGAGCUCAUCCCGGAGUGGCUGGGCUUCGUGAAGGGCGUGGUGGACUCGGAUGACCUGCCGCUCAACAUCUCCCGCGAGACGCUGCAGCAGAACAAGAUCCUCAAGGUCAUCCGCAAGAACCUGGUCAAGAAGUGCAUCGAGAUGUUCUUCGAGAUCGCGGAGAACAAGGACGACUACGCCAAGUUCUACGACGCCUUCUCCAAGAACAUCAAGCUGGGCAUCCACGAGGACUCGCAGAACCGCGCCAAGCUCGCCGACCUCCUGCGCUACCACUCCACCAAGAGCGGCGACGAGACGACGAGCCUCAAGGACUACGUGACGCGCAUGAAGGAGGGGCAGAAGGACAUCUACUACAUCACCGGCGAGAGCAGGAAGGCCGUGGAGAACUCGCCGUUCCUGGAGCGUCUCAAGAAGAAGGGCUACGAGGUGCUGUUCAUGGUGGACGCCAUCGACGAGUACGCCGUGGGGCAGCUUAAGGAGUACGACGGCAAGAAGCUGGUGUCGGCAACCAAGGAGGGCCUGAAGCUGGACGACGAGGACGACGAGGAGGCCAAGAAGCGGCGGGAGGAGCGCAAGAAGCGGUUCGAGGAGCUGUGCAAGGUGAUCAAGGACAUCCUGGGCGACCGCGUCGAGAAGGUGGUGGUGUCGGACCGCAUCGUCGACUCGCCGUGCUGCCUGGUGACGGGCGAGUACGGGUGGACCGCCAACAUGGAACGGAUCAUGAAGGCGCAGGCACUACGGGACAGCAGCAUGAGCGCGUACAUGUCCUCCAAGAAGACCAUGGAGAUCAACCCGGACAACGGCAUCAUGGAGGAGCUCCGGAAGCGCGCCGAGGCCGACCGAAACGACAAGUCCGUCAAGGACCUCGUGCUGCUGCUCUUCGAGACGGCGCUGCUCACCUCGGGGUUCAGCCUCGACGACCCCAACACGUUCGCGGCCAGGAUCCACAGGAUGCUCAAGCUCGGCCUCAACAUCGACGAGGACGCUGCUGCCGACGAGGACGCCGACAUGCCCGCGCUUGACGAGGGCGCCGCCGAGGAGAGCAAGAUGGAGGAGGUCGACUGAGGUGUCCUUCUUUCCUAUAUAUGCAAGUUCUCAGCGAUGAGGGACGACGGUCAAUGGCGAUGCCUGUUUGUGUGUGUCUGCGUGUGGGUCCAAAGGGGACACUGUUGGUACAGGUCACAGUAGUGUCUAGUAGUACCUUGAUUGCCAGGAGGCAGGACCGUGUGUCUUCUUCGUGUCACAUUUCGGGUCUGCUCUGAGUGUCGUGGAAUCCUGUGAAACAUAUAAUACAUCCGAUCCGAGUCCUUAGCUUCCCUC